AUGCCGGAUAAAUCAGAACGUCCAAUAGCUUUCGCUUCAAGAUCUCUUACAAAGGCAGAGAAAGGUUACAGCCAGUUAGAUAAAGAAGCUGCAGCAUUAGUUUGGGGACUGAAGAAAUUCUUUCAGUAUUGUUACGGUAGAAAAAUAAUUCUCAUAGUAGACAACCAACCAUUAGCUAGAAUUUUACACCCAGAGAAGGCUACACCUGCUACAACAGCCAUACGACUUGUACAUUAUGCUAACUUUUUAGCUGGAUUUGAUUAUCAGAUAAAACUAAGGAAGACUGCAGAACAUGCUAAUGCCGACUAUUUUUCAAGACUACAACAUACAAAUAAAAAUGAAAAGAAUGAUACACUUACAGAUGACGAAGCUUUCUACUUAAAUCAGAUUUCAGAAAUACCAGUUUCAUUACAAGAGAUAAGGGUAGCUACAGCUACUGACCCGGAACUACAGAAGUUAUAUAUUGAUAUACAAUCAGGACGAGAAGAUAAAACUAGACUACAUGAAUUUUCAUUGCAGAAUAAUUGUAUAUUUUAUGGCAUACGAAUCGUCAUACCUAAGAAACUACAACCUAAAAUAUUAGAAGAAUUACAUACAGCGCACAUGGGUAUAGUUAAGAUGAAGGCUUUAGCAAGAAGCUAUGUGUGGUGGAAGAACAUUGACAUAAAUAUUGAAAAUAUGGUGAAACAAUGCAAGAGAUGCUGUUUGAUGCGUAAAAACCCGACUAAGGUACCUGUACACAGCUGGGAAUACCCUAAGGAACCGUGGAGUCGUAUUCAUAUUGAUUAUGCCGGACCAUUCAUGAACCAAUAUUUUCUUAUGGUGGUAGAUGCCUAUACUAAAUGGUUAGAAGUUAUACCUACUAAUUCUAUGUCAGCUGCAACAACUAUAAAUAUUCUAAAGAAGUUAUACACUACAUUUGGUUUACCAAUAACACAAGUCUCGGAUAAUGGAAGACAAUUUAGAUCAGAAGAAAUGCAAAAAUUCUUAAAAGAAAAUGGAAUUCAAGCUAAAUUUACAGCACCAUUUCAUCCUUCUACCAAUGUCAAGUAG